CCGAUUCAGCAGCACACGCGCUUACUCUACAGUUUGGUUAGGUACCGUGUUACCAACUGUCAAAAAAAAAUUGUAAAAAAUAAUAUUUUUCUAUCAAGAAAUUUUUUGCUUCAAAAAUAAACUCAAAAUUAAAAUUUUUAUAUACUGAUAAAAUUAAGAAAAAAAAAAAAUGAGUCACGGUAAAGAUGAAACAAUUGGAUUAAGAAAAAAUUUAGAAGAUCAAUUAGAGCGACUGGUUCAGCAGUUAGAAGAUUUAGAAGAAUGUCGAGAGGAUCUAGAGCCGUCAGAGUAUGAAGAAACUAAAAAUGACACCAUCGAGCAGCUAAAAGAACUGAAUGCGAGUCUCAGAAGAAUAAUAUCAGGAGACAUAACUCUGAUUGAUCAGCUGGGUGCGAUGCAACUGGCAACUCAAGCAGCAAUUAGCGCAGCCUUUAAAACACCGGCUGUAAUAAGGAUGUUUGGGAAAAAAGAGCCAAAGUUAUUGAGAGAACGGCUGUCAUUAAUUGAACGAGACGCUAAACUUGGUAAAUUAAGUAAAGAAGCCAGUGACAGACAGAGAAGCGAAGUAUUGACGGCAUUGAAGCACUUGGGUGAAACGUUAAGUCAAUCUGAAUUGGAAUUAAUACAGAGGCUUACUCUUGAUAAUAUUGACACGACAGAUUUUAUUCAAGUAUCUGAUUACAAGGAAAAAAGUCAAGUAGCUCGGGCAAUAGUUAGUCAAGAAGUUAAAGAUAAUAAAAAAGAUUGAAUUUUA